CGAACAUUUAAAAAUGGUAAACUAAGAAGUGCGUACUGUUUUUAUUGUUUGCGCUUUGCGAAUUUGUGAACUAUUUUGAUUAAAUUUUAAGGACAUAUAUAUAUCUUUUAACAAUGACGACUGCUGCAAGACCAACCUUUGAUACUGCAAGAGGAGGCACGCAAAGAGGUGAAGGUAAUUUGUCAGUUCUUUCUAAACAGUACUCAAGUAGAGAUCUGCCAUCACACACGAAAAUAAAAACGAGACAAACUGGUCAAAAUACUACUGAAGAAUUACGAGGCCGUGACUUCAAAAGAGAUUUAAUUGAAAGGGAGAAGAACAUUCGCGAUAGAAGUAAAAGGUCAACUGGAGGAGACAGUCAUUCAUCUUCUAAGAGGGCAAGAAUUGAACCAAAAUCAACAACUGAGCUUGAUGCUGAUGAUGCUGUUGAUGAUGAUGAUGAAGAUUCGGAUGACAGUGAUGAUGAAGAUGAUACUGCUGAGCUUCUAGCUGAAUUGCAAAGAAUAAAAAGAGAUCGUGCUGAAGAAAUUAUGAAAAAAGAACAAGAAAAACGCCAAGAAGAGGAAAGAAUUCGAACUGAAAACCUGCUAUCUGGUAAUCCUUUGCUCAAUAAACAGCCCUCCGACUUUCGUGUUAAUCGUAGAUGGGAUGAUGAUGUUGUGUUUAAAAAUUGUGCAAAAGAUGAUGACACAAACAAAAAUAAAGGUUUUAUAAAUGACACAAUUCGAUCUGAGUUUCAUAAAAGAUUUAUGGACAAAUAUGUGAAGUAGUUGCUAUAAUGUUAUGUCCUCUACAUAUUGACAUUGUAUGAUGCUGAAGGACCUUUCAAGAAAAAAUUUUUUAUAUUUUUGGUGACGUUAGGUCAAGGGGUUGGACAAAAGUUUGCAAAGCCAUAUAUAAUAAAAAAUAUAAACAUUUUUUAUAUUUUCAAAAUUUUAAAGAAGUUUGGUGGCACUGUUUCCAGGCCGUUUUUUGUUAACUUUGUUCAAGAGCAUUUAAGUUGACUUGCAAGCAGACAGAAAUUCAACGUUUAGCAGGAGUGUUGUUGUUUGUUUGUAGUAUUGAUAAAGCUAAAGAAUGUUCAUUUGAAUUCCUAGUUGUUAUUUACAUUAUACAGUAACCCACCACAUAUAUAUAUAUAUAGGUUAUAUAUCCAUUACUGGAUUAUUUAUUGCUUAUAAUUACAUCAAUGUAUAUGUCAUAUGUUAACAUGCUUAAUUUCCUUUUAA